UACAUGAAUACCAGUACAUGGACAUUGCAUCAUUAUGACAUAUGACUACACAGCAAAUUCCAACUGCAACAGCCCACACCCUUGGCUUACAAGAUGUCAACAAGUCCAGAUGAACUCUUUAGGUCACAUUUUGCUGACAUCAACAGUUCAAUUGCUGCACGACUAGAUAAAGCAUUGGAUGAGUUCUUGGGUGCUUCACUGAUCCCAUCACAACUGUUUGAUGAUAUAACUACUACUAAUGGACCUGCUGGUCAAAAGGCAUCAAAAAUGACAAGAGAACUGAUGAGAGGAAUCAGUAACUGUAAGAAUGGAGAGGAGAGGCUGGAGGUGAUUUGUAAGAUACUACUGAAGCUUGAAGAUGAAAAGUUAAAAGAAAUUGUGGCGGACAUAAGAUCAAGAAUUGGGACUGGAUCAACUGGUGCCUCAGGAGGAGGAGGAGGAGUGUCACAUCCUAAGACAAAAGCACAGGCAGUUGAUAUUACAAAGCUUAGGAAAGCAAUUGAGAAUGUGAUCAACACUUGGUAUGGAUCACUCAACAGGCUACCUGCUGCAUCUGUUAAGGAUUUUGCCUAUUCUCUAUUCUCAAAGAAGGUCAUCAGUGAUUCAGUGUGCAGUGAUCCAACCAUUGAUAAGAUAUUGGGAGAGUUCAAGGCUUCUCUUGGCUUUACAAGGACAGUGCAAGAGUUUGAAAGUUCUUGUACUAAACUUCUUGAGUCAAUGUCAUCUGUGGGUGGUAGUUAUCAUGUUGCUGGAGCUGCUCUUAAAGAUGAUCUCAUCGAUGCUGUUCAGAAAGACUGUAACUACUCAUUUAAUAUUUCAAUGUAAUAAAAUGUCAAGUUAUUUUCAUGUGUAUAUGUUGUCAAAUUUUUAAACAGAAAAAUUCAUGACAUUAUGGCAUGACUAAGCACGUACAUGUAUGGUAAAUGGUAAAUGAUGCAAUCCUGACGUAUACAUAUCAACAAAAGACACUCCCACAAGCACUACAGCUCUGAAACAAGAAAGAGAGUCCCAAAGCUCAAUGGCCAGUAUUAAUAGACCAGAGGAAAAAACAGGGAAAGGAGGUAGUGAUGGUAAAGAAGGAUCAAAACGAGAGAGUGCUGACGUAAAGAAAGUUAUUAAAGAAAUAAAAGAAGUCGUCAUUUCUCAGUAUGCUAACAUCACUAGCAUGUCAGAGGACAACCUUAGGCCAGUUGCUGAUGAAAUGUACGCAGAAAAGAUCAUUAGUCGUGGAGUCAAUAACAAACCAACAUACAACAGUAUAAUUAGUGAAUUUGAAGCAAGUCUUAGCUGCUUCUCAACGUUGACCAAAGUUGAGGAUCAUUGCAAGAAGUUUCUGUCAGCUCUAGAACGAGUCGGGGGAGCCCCUGCCAAAAAAGCUGCAAAAUUAAGAGAGGAAUGGGUGAAGGCUAUCAAGGCUAAGUUCGGUUUUGAACUUAAGAUUUAACAUUUUGAACUUAUAUGACUUUGUUCAAUUUUUCUGAUUACAUUAGGCUUGUGCAUGCUGUUAGAACCAGUAUAAUUAUAGUGUAGCUAAUUUUCAACAAUAAUAAUUUGUAUAAUUAAUUAUUACAACCAGCCUUCUUGUGAUGAACUGA